AUAAUUAUCAUUUACGUUUAUUUGUAAACAAAUCAUACAACAAUUACCAAAAUGUACAAAUCAUUGAUUGUUUUAUUCGCUUGCGCUGCUGUCGCAUUAGCCCGUCCUGGUGGAUUAAUCGCUGCUCCUGGAACAUUAGCUUUGGCUGCUGCUCCAGCUUUAACAGCACCAGCUACAAUUUCAACAACAGUGGUCCGUGCUGCUCAACCACAAAUCAUUGCUGGACCAGCUCCAAUUGCUUUAGCCGCUGCUCCAGGUUUGAUUGCUCAACCACAAUUGAUUGCUGCUCGUGCUGCUCCAAGUUUAAUUGCUCAACCACAACUUAUUUCUGCUGCCGCUGCUCCAAGCUUGAUUGCUCAACCACAAUUGAUUGCUGCCCGUUCUGGUAUUAUUGCUGGUUCACCUUUAAUUUCCACCGCUCAAAUUUGGUAAUCAGUUCAUUCGUGUAAAAAUUUGUUAAAAAAAUGUGUGACUGACUCUGA